AAUCGCUGUAAUGUGUGAAGAUGAUCUGCACUCCUGAAACAUUCGCAUUCCUGCGCCCAGGAAAUUUACAGUUGAACAUGCAGCAAUCAUGAACUGAAGUUGAUCGACACGUGGCAUUCCGAGUUUACGACGACUCCAUCAUGUGGCUGCUAGAGCGCCACUGGCUACUGACUCCGACCUUUGCGCUCGCUGUUCACGCAUCAUUCACCGUCAUCGCCUCAUCGCGUCAACCUUCAACGUUCACCUUUCGCCGUCUACCACUCCCCUCGCAUGGAUGCGUGGACGGUUGCAGAUCGCAGCCUUGUAGCUCACACCCUAGUUCUGCCUCGCCACUCGCCAAUUCGCGAGGCCUGGCAGCUCGCAGGGCCUGGUCACAUAGAUAACUGAAGAAGCCGAUGGUGCCAAUGGGGGACCAUGCUGGCUGCAGUGUUAAAGAUUCAAGUGCCACUGAGCAAGGGUUUCGAUUCCUCACG